AUGACUGAGGAGUGCAAUGGUGAGGACUUCAUCAUGGACAGCGAGAAGGGCAUCCAGCACGGGCCCCAGGACGACAAGCUCCUGGCAAUCAUCGACACGGCUUGCACCAAAACCGUGGCUGGAUACGCUUGGUUUGAGAAGUACGUCCAGGAGUUGCCACUUCUGACAAGCCCCACGGGGCAUCCAGCACUUUUGGUCUCUGAUUUUGGCAAGAACCCAUUGCUGGAAGAGUUGCCGGAGUUUUCACCCGAAGCCGUGCACAUUCCAGCGCUCGAAGCAUACAUGAGUGCGAUCGUUUUCGCAAGCUCAAGACUGCGAUCAACGGCACAGCCGGCCCUGACGAACCUCUCGUUGCUGUCGAUGCCGAGCAGCGGAACGUCACCAUGGGCAAUGGGGAAAUGGGAGCUGGCAGAGGCUCUCGAGAUGCGUGGUGUGACCGUCCAUCCCAAUUGGUCGGUCCCGGAGCUCAGGUCCAUUCUCCUGGAGCAACUGGAGUUGGAGAAGCCGGCAAAGAACGAGAACUCAAUGAAGGGGCUGACGAAGCUCAGCCUGGCAGAGCUCAUUGCGGAGGCGGAGAAACUGCAGAUCACUAUGCCUCCGAAACCCACACGUGGCCUGCUGAUGAGGAUGAUCCGGGACACCAAGACCACUCCUGCACAGACCCUGGUGACCUUUGGCAAGUUCAAAGGAUGGAUGUACCAGGAGAUCCCCUUGGGCUAUCUCCAGUGGAGUGUGCAGGAGACUCGUGCGAAUCAGAACUCGCACCCCGACCUGGUCCGUCUGGCAGCAUGGGCACAGGGGGAGAUCGAGCGCCGGGAGAAGGCGACAAGCAGUGGCACCCAAGUGCAGAAGGACCCGGAGGCCACGGCAGUGAUUCCACCUCCCCGCCUGAAGGCUAUGGGCGGCAAAGCGACUCCUCGGACACAUCGUGGAGCAGGGUCGCAAGUUCCUGCCAAAAGAUCGUUUGGCGGCCCUCAAGAAACGGGGCGCCAAUUGAAACAUGGUGGAGGGAAAGAUGGCCAAUCCCCGGGUGGCGUCACCGGUGAUGUGGCGGAGAUCAAAGACGUCGCGGGUGCCAACACCACUGGGUCUGAGAACUAUGAGGUAAAGUAUGACUCAAACAACUUGGACGCUCCGGAUGAGUUCCAGGCUUUUGAGAAUAAAGACACGAUCGGGCUUAGCAGAUCUGGUGGGGAGACUGAGUAUAAUCACUUCAACUUCGACGCUCCGGAUGAGAAUGAAGCUUUUGUGAAUGACAUCAAGAGCAAUGAAGUCACGGGUGACUUGUGGAGUGAGUCACCCAGGACAAGGGCAGGCAUGCGACGGAGGAGACUGGCAAAUCGGUCUGUGGCGCAAAAGCUGCGGGCGGAGGUCUAUGGUCUCUUCGAGGUGAUGUUGGCAUGCACACUCAUGGCAGGGAGUCUGACUCGGGAGAUCAUCGAGGACCCACUUUGGGAAGCAUGGGCGGUGCUUCAGCCCAGACACCAUGUGAAAGCACGAGAAGCCAAGACAGACUGCCUUGAGCUUUUUGCUGGUGAGGCCAGGAUUUCUGGCGCCUACGCUCGACGAAAACGAGCGGUGUUGCAACCUCGUGAUGUGAGGUACAAUCACGAUCUUCGUCGUGGGCAUGACCAAGAGGAAGUCCUUGAGGAUAUCCUGCACCAUAGACAAAAGGAGUCCAAACUCGUGAAGUUCACUAGCAGAGUUUUUGAGCUGCAAAGUGGACUCGGUGGCAUAGCUGUGAUUGAAAAUCCCCGUGGGAGUGACUUGUGGCGGCACCCGGAGCUACAGCGCUUCUUGGGUGAGCGGGCAUGCUUUGCUGAUGUAGAUCUUUGCACUUUUGGGCUGCGCAGCUUGCAAGAUGGCAGGCCUUUGCGCAAGCCCUUGGCCUUGAUGACCAAUGAUCAGGCCUUCGCUGAUGAAAUUUCCCAGCGGUGCCAAGAUCCAUCACAUGAUCACCGACCCAUUCAAGGCAGAGACACCGCAUGGACAGCAGUAUACCCAACCGCAUUUGCCUCAGCUGUGGUCCACGCGGUUGACAAAGCUUGGACACGUCCGAAGGAACUCUAUGUCCAGUAUCCGAUGGACCUUGUUCCGGCGGAAGAUUCCAGAAAUGAUCCCAACAAGGCAGAAGAGAUUGAAGAGUGGGCAGAGGAACCUAUAGGAGCCAAUGCCAUCUCCUUCAAAGGCAAAGUGAAUCCCAAGGUUGCAGCAGUCCUGAAGCGAGUCCACCAGAACCUUGGCCAUCCUCCCAACCGUGACCUCAUUCGCCACUUACGAGUAGGUGGCGCUCCAGAGAAUGUGGUUCGGGCGGCUGAGCAAAUGGUGUGCCGCACAUGUGAGCGCAGUGGGAGGCCACCUUCUUCUCGGGUGGCACAACCAUGCACUGCGCUGGACUUCAAUGAGGCCAUUGCCGCAGAUGUGAUCUGGCUGGACAUGGCGGAUGCCAAGAACAAGCCAGCGCUGAACAUUGUGGACCUGGCAUCAACUUACCAGGUUGUGGUGCCCGUUGAGAGUACCAAGUCGGAGGAGCUUGGCAGAGCCAUGUUGGAGGGAUGGAUCAACUGGGCAGGCGCUCCAAAGCACUUGCUGGUGGACCUGGACCCUGGCUUCCGAGACCAGUUCCUACAACUGAUGGACAGCCGAUCCAUCACGGUGAGAUGCGCUGCUGGCCAAGCACAUUGGCAAAAUGGAGUCUGCGAAAGGCAUGGAGCUACAUGGAAAGCGAUAUGGAAGAAAUUGGUGGAGGACCUCACAGUUUUGGAGGAUGAGUUUGCGGAAGCGGUAGCAUGUACAAGUGAUGCCAAAAACCAGCUCAGGAACAAGUCUGGUUAUUCUCCCAGGCAGUGGGUGUUUGGCACACAAAUGCGCAUGCCAGGUGAUCUCUUCGACAGUCACUUGGGCCCAGAGCAAUUUGACAACAUCACGGCCGAUGAGAAGGUGAGCAGGUCACAUGCAAUCCGACUUGGCGCCCGGACAGCAUUUUUCAGCUGUCAAACCAGAGAUGCACUGCAACGAGCUUCUCAACACAAAGCCCGAGUCGACAAAGCUGACUAUGACGCCGGUGACCUGGUUUACAUCUAUCGUGAACUCCGGCAAAGAAAAGGGAAAAAGAGCGGGAGCGCUUGGAUUGGACCAGGCACUGUCAUUGGACGUGAAGGACACAAUUUCUGGGUAGCGCGUGGUGGGAGGUGCCUUCUUGCUGCACCAGAACAUUUGCGCAUUGCCCAUCACGAAGAGAUCUCCGAGAUGAUCAGACUCAAAACAUCCAUGAAGGAAUUGCGCGAGGUCAUCGACAAGGCAGACGAUGACAUCAUCGACCAAGACUAUGAAGGUGAGGAUCACAUAGCUGGCGGUUCUCUGCCAGCUGACAUGGAAUGGGAACAAGACCCGCCUGGGGUGGAGGAACAAUUGGACAUGGAGGUGGAAGAAGCUGGCAGUGCAAUUGGACAAGCUCUUCGACGAGAAAGACAGUUGGAGGCCCAUGCUCGACGUCGGCAAGCGUUGGACGACGUGCCCUUCAAUUUGAAGAGACAACGAGGCCAACAAGCAUUCAUGGUCAAGCACGCCAUCUCCGAGAAAGGGAAAGAAAAACAACUUGAAAAGGAACUCCCCUGGCAGCUCAUACCGCCAGAUGAAAGAGAGAUGUAUCGUGCAGCAGAACUGAAACAAUGGGAAGAGCACGUCCAAUUUGAUGCUGUUCGUGCUUUGAGCGUUGAAGAAAGCAUUGAAGUCAUCAAGAAGGUCAAGCCGGAGCGCAUCCUGAACUCACGAUUCCUUUACAGGGACAAAAACUAUGCAAAAAGAAAGGCUGAUCCCAGCGUUCCUGCGAAGCCAAAAAAGCCAGGCUCUGCAUUGCUGGUCAGAAUGACCCUGAUCUGGGCAAGGUCAUGGCUGGUCAGUGUGGGAGAUAUCCGAGCUGCAUUUCUCAAUGGCAUUCAGGCACCCCGGGAGUUGUACUUCCGCCAACCAAAACGUGGCAUCCCAGGACUUCGACCUGAACAAAUCAUCGAGGUACUCAAAGGGGUGUUUGGACUCAGCACAAGUCCAAAAUUGUGGUGGAUGAAACUUUCUGGCGACCUGAAAAAGAUGAAGAUCCACUUUGACGGCCACACCUUCCACAUUGUGCAGAAUGUCGUCGACCCUUGCGUAUUUCAAAUCAUCCAUGACAAAGAACAACGUGUGGCAGGGCUGCUCCUGACACACGUGGAUGACUUGAUGUUGAUGGCCGAACCCAAUUUGGCUCGGCAUGUCCAAGGAAAACUCAAAGAGAUGUUCCCGGUAGAUGAAUGGGAAGAAAACGACUUUGAGUAUGUCGGUUGUGAAUACCAUUGCUUGGCGGACAAGAUUGAGAUCACUCAAAAGAAUUACAUUGGCAACCGAGUGGAGAAGGUCACCAUUGGAGGGGGGCACAACGACACUGAGAGUGCCUCCGUGGAACAGGUGGAGGAGAAUAGAACAGUGAUAGGUUGCCUAUCAUGGUUGGCCAAACAAACCAGGCCAGACAUUCAAUUUCAAGUUUGCCAAGCACAGAGAAAGCAACGGUCUCCGACCAUCCAUGAUUUGAAGCAGACCAACAAAGCCGUGACGGAUGCUCUCCAGUUCAAAGAUUGCGGGAUCACUCUACGCAAAAUCCCGGAAAACAACCUCUGCUUCAUAGCUUUCCACGAUGCGGCUUGGGGCAACACUGACCCUGACCAUGCGGUUCCACAAGAUGAAGAGUGGCUGGGCGGACAUCAGGUGGCAUCACAACUUGGGUCACUGAUCCUCUUAGCUGAUGAGAACUGCAUGGGGCCCAACGGUGGGAAUUUCAGCCUUGUAGACUGGAAGAGCAAAGCCUCACAGAGGGUGUGCCGUUCUACUUUUGCAGGCGAGACAAUGGCCUGCUCAGAAGCGCUCGAAGGAGCACUCUUUUUGCGCGGGCUCUUUACAUCCUUUGGGACUGGAGUUCGCGUUCCAGACCAUCAAGGUGGAGCUUAUCAUCCGCUCCAUCUCAUCACCGAUUGCAGAAGCCUCUAUGAUCACAUUCAUCGCGAAGGGAUUCCCCGUGCUCCGAGUGAGAAAAGAUUGGCGAUUGACCUUGCAGGUCUGAGACAGGCCUUGGUGAUUGAGGCCGAGCACCAGUGGCGCAAAAAGCACGGAGAUCCAUUUAAGCCUACUCCUGAAACUCCACUUCGACCUCCUUUGCACUGGCUUCCGACUCAAGAACAAAUGGCUGAUCUAUUGACCAAGCGACUGAAGCCCGAUGAGUGGUGGAGUAGGAUUAACCAAGGAUGGAUGAGUCUUCCGCUGAAACAGCAUGCACCAGGAAGACAAAAUUUCCAGGAUUUGGUACCAGUGUAA